GCUCGGCAUACACACGGCCCCGGUGUGCUUCAGGAACACCGCCAGCGAGCAGCAGCCGCCGUGCUCUCACAAGGGAAUAACACAGCAACCGCUUCGAAACAUUCUACCGGCUGCUGGAGGAAAAGACAGAGGUUGUGUCUGGGACUUUGCACAUAGUCGGCCUGUCUACUACGUUCUGAAAGUUCAACCCAGACAGCUGAAGUGUCAGAAUGACCUGCGCUGCCAUGACCUGGAUCCCUCUCCUCUCCCUCCUGCUGCUGUGCGUCAGAGACUCAGCUUCCCUCUUCCUGCCCGACUCCAAUGAGCUCAGGCAGCCGCUGAGCCGCUACGAGGAGGCGGCCAACCAGGGCGGCGCCAGCGACACAGCCGUCAACCGGACCCGACGUGCCAUCCGCUGGUCGGACCGGGAGGAGAUCCUCCUGAUGCACAACAAGCUGAGGGGCUCCGUUUACCCCACCGCCUCCAACAUGGAGUACAUGGUUUGGGAUGAUGAGUUAGAGCGGUCUGCCACUCAUUGGGCAGAGCAGUGUCAUUGGGACCACGGACCCGAGGACCUUCUCGUGUCUAUUGGACAAAACCUGGCCGUUCACUGGGGAAGAUACCGCUCUCCUGCUGUCCAUGUCCAGGCCUGGUAUGAUGAAGUCAAAGACUACACCUAUCCCUACCCGCAGGAGUGCAACCCCUGGUGUCCAGAACGCUGCUCAGGGCCUAUGUGCACCCAUUACACCCAGCUGGUCUGGGCAACCACUACCCGAGUGGGCUGUGCUGUGCACACGUGUCCAAGUAUGAACGUGUGGGGAGAAACAUGGGAGAACGCUGUUUACCUUGUGUGUAACUAUUCCCCAAAGGGCAACUGGAUCGGCGAGGCUCCAUACCAGCACGGCCGCCCUUGUUCCCAGUGCCCUCCCAGCUAUGGGGGAGGGUGUAAGAAUAACCAGUGCUUCAAAGACUCCCAGCGCUCAGAGACGGAGGACAUGAACGAGGUGGAGAAGCCUCAGGUUCCACUGCCUCCUCGUACCACCGCCAAACCGGCUCCCAGACCCAAACCGGCUCCUCCCAAAAAACCGUCAUCCAAACCCUCGGCUCCUAAGCCCAACGCACCAGGGUCUUCAAAGACUCCCAGCAACACAUUUCUUGCUCAACAAAUCAAGUGUGAGACUCGACUGCGAGACAAGUGCAGAGGCGCUACCUGCAACAGAUACACGUGUCCUGCCAAUUGUCUGAAUAAGAAAGGGAAAGUUUGGGGAACUGUCUUCUACGAUGUGCAAUCAAGUAUUUGCCGUGCUGCUAUUCAUUUUGGUGUCAUUGACAACAACGGAGGAGUGGUUGACACAACAAGGAAGGAGAAGUUUCCAUUCUUUGUCAGAUCCACUAAGAAUGGCAUUGAAUCCUCCAGUAAAUAUAAACCCGGUAAUGCCUUUGUGGUGGCCAAAGUGGAAGAGAUGACUGCUGACUGCUACACCACAGUGGCUGAGAUCUGCCCUUUCACGAAGCCCAACUCCCGUUGUCCAAGGAUCUUCUGUCCAUCCAACUGCAAGACUCAGCCUUCCUAUUGGUCGCCUGUAAUUGGAAACAAUAUCUACACAGAUAGCUCCAGUAUUUGCAAAGCAGCAAUCCAUGCAGGGGCAAUCAAGGCAGAAGGCGGUUUUGUGGACGUUCUGCCACUGGACAAGAGAAAGAACUAUGCUGGAGUCCUGAAGAAUGGCAUCCAGUCUGAGAGGAGGAGCAACAUGGAGGGAAACUCCUUCCGAGUUUUUGCUGUGAGGGAGUGAGACUUCUGAUCAGAAUUCCAGAGACCAACAGAGUCACCUCAGCUUCUCUUGAAGAGCCGGACGUGCCCGCAGGUUGGAAACCAUAGCUGUUACCAUCUGUCUCCUGCCUUCAGUGGAAACAGAAAGUCCCAGCAGAUUCCCUCUCUGUUUGUAAAAAAUACCCAUCCAGUUAAAGUUGUUGUUGAUUAUGUUGAAGGAACUUUUGAUAUUUUUUUUAUUUUUUACUUCAGAUAUGGAUAUUUCUACAUAGUCUCUUAAUCCGUGAAUACAGAAUGUUUUUAUAUAUCAUGACCAGUUGGCGCUGGAAGCUUCAAUUCGGACAUGUUUUAGGGAAAGUAUUAUGUUUACAUGGAUGCUCCUUUUACAAAUUGAAAUAUGUUUUCUUACACAGGAAUGUAUAUUGAUCACAAUGUAUUUAAUCACCAUGUACAGAAUAUAUGAUAUUUUGUUUGUUUUAAAAAUGGAGUACCAUAUAUUAACAUUUUAGUGUCUAUUCUGAUUUCAUAUUUCAUUUUAUCGCCCUUUUCUGCUCACCCAUAUAUUCUUAACGUUUUGCUCCUGAGGAUUUGGCCUGUGAAACCAAAUCAAAGUUCAAAGUUGUAUUUAUAAGUUAAGUAUAAGUUAAGAGGCUUUGUCGGCUAGGUAGAACAGAACUCGUCAAGAAGACACAGAAGGGGAGGAAAUAGGCAGGUAAUAGGGAGGUAAUAGGGAGUGUAUACAGGCAGUAGCAGGUUGUUCAUCGGUUGUUUCAUUUCAUUGUGUUACAUUGCUUGGUUCAAUGUAGUACUUUGCAGCGGAGGAUGGCUCCUCAGAAUGGUGGCAAUAUUGUAUAUAUAUAAGAUAACAUUCACAGACUAUCUAUCUACUAUCGCUUAGGGCUUUCCUCGUUUCUUCAUCUCUCUUGUAAAACUUAUGAAAAUGCUAAAUUUGUCCCCUCGUCCUCUCAGAUGAUUGCGUCAUAUUUAAGGUGAGAGUGAGCUGAUUUGUCAACACUAGCCCAUGCGCGUGAAUGCGUUAAAGAUCAUCAUCAGACUCCACUUUAUUCAUUUGUAACAACUUGUGCUACAGACACCUGUGAUCUGGAUCACUAUCCUGGGCCGAGGCACCGUUUGACUACAUUUCUCAUUAUUUAAAAACAAAACAAAGUAAAAACAAAAAAUAAUUCAGUAUAGUAAGUAUCUGACAUGAAAACUGAUGAAACAGUCCAAUUUGUCGUGUAGGACAUUUGGGUCCAUUUGUACCAUUACGAAUUGUUAUUUUUUACCAAGAAAACAACUAAUCUUUAUUUCUUUAUUCUACCUCAAUCCUAUUGCUUUUCUAGUAUUUAAAUCUUUUUAAUAAGGCAAUGUGUAUAAUGCUAUUGUGUAUUGUAUUGUAAAGUUAUUUUUAUACAGGUGUGGGAUGGGCUCUAUAUUGUUUUGCAGAAUUUGAAAAUAAAGUAUGACUAUGCCACAACA